AGCCCCGCCCACUCUGAACUUCUGUCUCGUGCUAAUCGACCUUUUAGUUUGGAUUGCACGCGUAUUUUAGUCAAACAUAAACUGUAAUCUGUGACAAAAUGACAAGGUUGUUCUUUAAUUCACAUUCGUAUUCUGCGAACAGAGCCAGUUCUGUCGUGCGUGUUUAAUAUGUCAGCCGUAGGGUCAGUUACUGCUUUAGCAGUGGGUGAAAUGAGCUCAAAGUGCAAGCUGUGAUUCAUCAGAGAGUCCUUCAGUCAAUGCGUCUGUUUGCCGCACUGAUACCGAGCAGGCCUUCUCUCGCAGCGGCUCUGUGUGCUCUGAGAUCGAGGGCAGAGCGAGCACACACCAGGAUGUCAUCGUCGUCAUCACUUCCUGUGGCGGCCGUUUGUCAGAUGACCGCCACCCCUGACAAAGAGGCCAACUUCAGCGCAGGCUCGCGAUUGGUGGAGCAGGCCAAAGAGGGCGGGGCCUGUAUGGUGUUCCUGCCGGAGGGCUUGGAUUACAUCGGCUCGAGCCGCGACGAGACGCUGCAUCUGUCUGAGACUGGAGGUGACAUUAUCAGCCGCUACGCUCACCUGGCCAGGAAGCUGGACGUGUGGCUGUCUCUGGGGGGAUUUCACGAGAGAGGACACGACUGGGAAACAGACCGCCGCAUUUAUAACAGCCAUGUCAUCAUUAACGGACAAGGCGAGCUGGUGUCUGUGUACAGGAAAGCUCAUUUGUUUGAUGUGGAGUUGACGAGUAAAGGAGUGUCUCUGAAGGAAAGUGCUUUCACCAUUCCCGGACCUCGACUGGUGCCUCCCGUCCAGACGCCCAUCGGAAAGGUUGGUCUUGGCGUCUGCUAUGAUCUGCGUUUUCCUGAGCUGUCCUCAGCGCUGCAGAGACACGGAGCAGAGAUCCUCACUUACCCAUCAGCCUUCACCGUGGCCACAGGAACAGCUCACUGGGAGGUUCUCCUGCGGGCGCGGGCCAUCGAGACGCAGUGUUUUGUUCUGGCGGCGGCGCAGGUCGGAGCUCAUCACGCGAAGCGGACGUCGUUCGGACACGCGCUGGCCGUGGACCCGUGGGGUGAAGUGAUCGGGGACUGUGGCGGCUCAGACGCGGGUUUAACGCUGGUGCAGAUCGACCUGCAGAGACUACGGGACGUCCGGAGGGACAUGCCUGUGCAGCGGCAUCGCAGAGACGACCGCUUCUACUGCAGCCUGGACUGAGCUCCCUCUUUUUAUUAUAAAAGGAACAAUGAACAUUAAAGGGUUAGUUCAGAAAAUACUUUGAACAGACAGAAAACAAUAUAUUUUCAAAAAUUUUCGGGGAAUAGAAUGUUGUAUAUAAUCAAGCAAAUUAUAAAUCAAUAAAUCCCUCUGUAAAAACCUUCAGGGUACAGACAGGAAUACAAAUGUGAAGUUUGGUGUGUGUAAGUGCUGCUGAAGUGGAGAAGUGGAGGAGAAAAAAACUCAUUUUGAGAAAACGCCUUUAAAAAUAUGUAUUGUAAUUGAAGUCUAUUGACACAAAUAGAUAAAGUGUUAUAAAAGAAGCACUUAGCAGUGUCUUUUGGAUGAUUUCUUUCCACUAAAACACUUGACAGGUGCAUGAAAAACUGCCUGCAGUGUCUCCCCUUAAUUAACAUGAGCCACAAAUACAUGAAGAACAAACAUAAAAGACUUUACAUAUAAAAACCAGAAGCAAGCAAGAAACCACUACUUCAAAUUAAGAAGUAACCACCCUUUUAUCGAUGAUGAUUACAACACAUUUAUAAAUAUAAUAUAUUUUCUGUGUUAGAAACAAUAUGUAAUGAUGCCUUCUGUGCAUUUAAUGCAUGACUCUGAACUGCUUCUUAAUAAAUUUGACCCAAGUUGGAUCAGAAAUGUCAAGCGUUUCUUUAGUUGUAGUUAGACACAGACAGUCUUGGAUAACCGACUCUGAAAGGCAGGAUUGUUUUAUGAGCAGCGACACCUGGAACAAACAUUUAAUGAUGUUUGUGUCUCAUGCCUUCGUCGGUAAGUUUUCAGAGACAAAUAACUCGAAAACUAACUUUAAGCAAUGAAUACAGGACUAGAUGAACUUGAAAUCCUGAUGUUGAAACUACCCCUUUGCUUUUUAAAGCUCAUUUCUGUAUUAUUAUUAUAGUAUAUUUAAAUUUUUUACCUUUAUUAAAAUGCAUCAUUCUUAUUAUA